GACGAUGAUAUGGAAUUUUUGCCCAUGGGUUGGGGGAAAAUCGAUAAGAAGUCGAUUGAAGAUAAGGAAAGAGCGGAAAUUGCUAGAAAGGCCAAGUUGAAGAAAGAGAAGUCUCAAGUAGCCGCGGUAGCGGUAGCAGCUCGUCGAGAUACAAACCCCACGGCUUUGGGUCAAAAGGUAGGAUUCUCCCGCGCACUUGUUAAGCUGACAAAAACUUGCGUCAAAACUGAAAGUAUGGAGUCCGCGCUGCAUGCAUCUUGUCAUACACCCGAGCAAUUCGUUAGCGAAAGUGUCCCCGAGGAUAUCAAAGUGAUCAAGUCGACAACUUCCGUCGGGAAUCCUUGCAUCAUGUGCACCUCUCUAUCUUCAGAAACAGUGACAAGAAACACAGUCGUCACAAAUUCAACAGUGGCGGAACUAGAUUCGAGCAUCAAAUUGAUUGAGAAGUUGGCCCGACAAGAGCGUGACCUAAAGUCUGCGAAGACACAAGCCGGUUCUUUGCGUGCCGAGAUCGAAGUUCUAAAUCAAAAACACAGGCUUGAAAUUCAAAAGCAGUUGGAUCAGCUAAAUGAAAGACAUCGGAAGGAAAUUAACGCAAUGAAAUUGAAUCUUGAGGAAGUGGAAGCGACACGACAGAAAGCAUCGACUGAUUUACGGAAAGUUCGAGAGAAAAAUUCAGCAGUUCGGGCUGAGAGGAGAGAGCUGGAUCUGAGGUUGGCGACAAUGAGCGAGGAAGUGGUGAGACUUGGGGAGAGAAUCUCAACUUUGGAGGAACAAAAGAGCGAUGCACUGGUAUCGGCAAAAUUUAUGUCCAUCGCGCUAAGCAGCUCAGCACAAGACGUCAAAGCCUGCCAGCUCAAACUUCAUGUAGUACAGGAACAUAGUGCGACAUUUCAGCAACAAGUGAGGAGUCUGAGGGUUGAAAACCAUAGGAUCAGACAGGAGCAGCGCCGGAUCGCCUCAACUUCCAAUCGUCUGCAACAGCUAGAAACGAAGUACGAGAAUCUCAAGAGUGAUCAUUACAGUCUCGAAGAUAAGCAUAAUGAGCUUCAAGACGAUGCGGAUAGAUAUGAAAGCGAGCGUGCAGAGUACAAAGAAGAUGCCGAGUACUACAAAAAGAAGCGAAACGCACUUCGAGACGAAUUGGAAAGUGCUGAGGGAGACCUCCAAAAGAUGACUGCUAAAUAUGCGAGUAUGCACUCCAGCCGUGACGCUAUACGGAAAAACUACCAGGACUUGAAAGAUGCACAUGAUAUUGUAGGACCGCUGGUGAAGAUAGGAGCAGACAUACGACUACGUUUUCUAGACCAAGCACGAGACACAGCCCUCAAAAUCUCCCGAUGCGAAGCAGACAUGGCUUUGCGAACUAACGGCAACGUUGCUGCCCACCGGGGAAACGCAGCUGCCGAUGCUACAUUAUUCAACGGAAAUUUUAUCCCAGAAGAGUACGAAGACGAAGCCGAAGAGAUAUUCCAAAAGCUAUACAACCAUCAAGCAAGCGACUACCCAUUCUUUGACAGCAUAUCCGGAAGACAAAAUGACUGCGAAGCAACAUUGUCGAUAAUAACUACAUCUAGUGUAUCGGCGAUUCUGCGUGAGGAAUGGCGCGUGGUGUGGAAUACGAUUGUUCACUGCUCGGCAAACAAUAAGAUGAGUUUGAUUGAGAAAUUGGAAAGUUUGACUGAUGAGAUAGUGGACGUGGAACGUUUGAGUCGUCGGCGCAGAUGAGGAAACCUCUACGAUUUGCUUUUGUCACACGAUACAAGUAUUGAGCUCAGCACAAUAUGUGGAGGGAAUUCGACCUGCGAUUGCGAGAGGAUUAUGUAGAGUUCAGAUCCGAGGUUUGAGCUAGGAUUGAUCUAGUGAACAUAGUAGUCUGGGUAGAGGAACUAUGGGCGAUUGAUCAACAAUUCUUCUUUGGAGUAUGACCAGAGCAAUCAUGGACAUGCAGCUCCACUUCUAGGAUGAAUGAUGAUGAUGCUUGCGCUUGGAAAUGGGAGUGCGCCACAGGUUUUACGUAUAUAUGUCAGAGUAGAUACCCUGAAUGAAACUGAUAUUGCGGA